GCCACCGAGCUGGUCGAGAAGUAUCCGAUCAACAAUGAGACUGCCCCGACGGUGGAUGUCUACCUGCCUUGCUGCUCUGAGCCCUUGGAGAUUAUCGAGAACACCUACCAGCACGUCAUCAAGCUUGAUUGGCCUGCGGCAAAGCUCAAGGCUCUGGCAGAGAAGUACGGCUUCAACUACAUUGUCCGUGAGGACCGUCCAAGGCUGCGCAAAGCGGGCAAACCUCCGGUGGGCUUUUUGCCAGGACGGGAGGGGGAGUUCUUGCCAUCUUUGACGCUGAUUUCUGCCCUCGUCCCGAUUUCCUCAAGGAGCUUUGUUGUUGAGCACAUGGCGGAUCCCAAGACGGCUAUCAUCCAGAGUCCGCAGUUUUUCAGGGUGACUGAUGACCAGACUUGGGUUGAGCAGGGUGCUGGAGCGACUCAGGAGUUGUUUUAUCGCGUGGUGCAGGUGAACCGGAACAAAUGGGGUGCGUCGAUUUGUGUGGGGAGCAAUGCCGUGUACAGGAGGGAGGCGCUGGUCGAGGUGGGAGGGACGGCUGAGAUUGGGUUUUCGGAGGAUGUUCAUACUGGUUUCGGUGCUGUUGACCGCGGCUGGAAGGUCAAGUACGUGCCUCUCUGCUUGGCGACGGGCAUCUGCCCCAACACCCCACGCUCCUUUUUCUCGCAGCAGAUGCGCUGGGCCAGAGGCAGCACGACGCUCCUGACGACCAAGCAUUUCUGGACUUCGAACCUUUCCUUCAUUCAGAAGGUCUCCUACUACUCGGCCUACUACAACCUCGCCUUCGCCAUCCCCUCCAUCAUCUACGGCUCCCUGCUCUUCCGCUUCUGGGCCAAGGCCAAAUACGGCUUCAACGUCCAGCACGUCAUGAUAGUCCAGUCGUACGCCUACCUCACAGCCAUCAAGGACCGCCUGUUUGGGAUUGAGCUCCUCUGGGCGGCGUCGGGCGACAAGAAGGCGCACAAGAAGAGCAACAAGUUCAGAAACAUGAGACUGCUCUCGCGGUGA